AGAGCAAGAGGGCGGAGCCUCUCCCCAGAGGCGGCAGUUGAGGUUCGGAGGCGCGCAGCCAGGUGACAAGCUUGUUUUGUGAAGCGGCGGGGAGCCUUCGGUCCCGCCAUGGCCAAGCGAACCGACUAUGGCUUGCAAGUGGACUAUGUUUUCCGCGGAGCGGAGCACAUCGUUCGGAUGACGACGGAAGGCAACCUGCUAGAAGUGGAGGUGGAAGACCGGCUAUCUACUGACCAGUGGCGAGGGGAAUUUGACGCUGCCUUUAUCGAAGAUCUCACCCACAAAACGGGGAAUUUCAAGCAGUUUGGGAUCUUCUGCAGCAUGCUGGAAUCCGCCCUGGCCCAGAGCAGCGAAUCUGUAACAUUGGAUCUCCUCACCUACGCAGAUCUGGAGGCGCUGCGGAACAGGAAGAUCGGGGUGGCACCCCGACACCCCUCGGCCUCCAAAACCUCCCCCUUGAACUCCAAGCGUUACCUCAUUCUGAUUUACUCCGUGGAAUUCGACAGGAUCCAUUACCCACUACCCCUUCCCUACGUUGGAAAGCCGGAUCCCGUGGUCCUGCAGAAAGUGAUCCGGGAGCUGAAGGAGGAAGUGGCCAUGUUGAAGGCUAAGCCAGGCAAGGAUUUCCGGGACGUCGAGAUCCGCCGUCUUCGGGAGGAGCUGCAGCGUGCUCUGGAGGAGAAGCAGCUGAUGGAGUCGGUGCUGCUGAGCUCGCAGGAGGAGCUGCAUGUGGCCCCCAAGGGCAGCGGCGUGAAAGAGGUCAGGAUCCUGAAGAAGGUGGUUCAGACCCUGGAAGAGCAGCUGGCCAAGGAACGGGCCAAGCACCAGCGCCUGGCCGCCAGGCGCCUGCAGGAGAGCCGGCAGCUGGCUGACGAGCUUGCAGAAGUGAAAGCUGCCGAGAGGAGCCUCCGGAUCCGUGUGAAGAACCUAACCAACGAGCUGGCUUUAUACAAAAAGGGAAGCCUGAACCGAGCCGGCAUCUCAAAGCGAGAUGGCCAUCGCUCCGCCUCGGGCGAACGGUCCAAUUCCCAGGAGCGCAACGGCGUGCCCUGGGGAACCAGCCGGCCGCGAUCCACCUCCAGGGACGGGCGCAGCGGGAGCCAGGGCCGCGUCUCCCGCCAAUCUCCUUCUCCGACAGCUAUCCGGGCUCCUCGCUUUGAUCCGACAGCUUUCGUGAAGGCCAAGGAACGGAAACAGAAAGAGAUCAAUCAGAAAAACAAACGGAGUCUCCACCGGGCCAUGGGAGACACCCCGCCCAGUGGCUGGUACCACCACACCCAGCUCAGGGGCUCCUCGGCCCUCCCCGGCGGAAGCAACCUUGGGAAGCCACGUGGCCGCAGCUCUUCAGUGGAAAGCUUCCGCAGCAAACGCACUUCGGCCAGCUCAGGGAGUGAGAUGGAGGAUUAUUCGGAACCCGUUGCACCAAGAGGCAGGAAACGGCUCCCCAGGAACAGGAAACCCUUCAGCUCUUCGUCUUGGAACGGCCCUACGGGGGGUCCCCGUGUGGACAACGCUCACAAGAAACGUUUCUCAAGCACUCCAAAUACAGGCAAAGCCAGGGGGAAAGGUAAAACGGCUGGCGUCUCGGAGGAGAUUUUGGAAAACUCAGAGAACCUCUACGAUGAGCCCUCAGCCGAUCUUUCUGAGAUCGACGCCCGUCUGCAAGCCCUGCAGGAAUACAUGAAUAAGCUGGAGACCCAGACGUAGCCCGAGCGAUGGAGCCGAGCCUCUGCGAUUCCUUCACCUAGCUAGAUCCGGUCCAAAUGUCGAAGAUUGUCCUUUCUCUCCACUCUCACCACCCUGGUUGCCCGCCUUCCUUCUACGGCUGCGUCCUCGAGGGGGAGGGCAGGGUGGGUGGACGGCUGUCUUGCAAAACCUCAGGUUUGAAAGCCUUCCGAAGAACGACUUCAUUAAAGGUUUCUCUAAGAACAACCUUCCCGAGAAGUUUUCCUUCUUGCAAAAACCUUCUUUACAGCAGUGAUUCUUCAGCUCAGCAGCUUUAAAGAUUAACAUAGAUUUAACAGAGUUGGAAGGGACCUUGUAGGUCAUCUAGUCCAACCCCAGCCCAAACAGGAGACCCUACAUCUGUGAUGUCGCCCGUUCCUCUUCCGGGCAUCAGUGCUGGAAACCGGAAGAGGUGGUCUUCCAUUUUCCAGUGUGAGCAUGUGCGCCGGCCAGCUGAUUGGCACAUGCGUGGCAGUAACCUGAAGAAACCGCAGGUACAUUCUCUGGUGCGCACAUCCCCCUGGCCAGCUCCUGUUCCUGGUCUCGGUGCAAACGGCAGCGCGUACGCAAAGACUCCCUUUGGUGCCAAAAAGGUUUGCCACCACUGCCCUACACCAGGGGUCUGCAAACUUGGCUCCUUUAAGACUUGUGGACUUCAACUCCCAGAGUUCCUCAGCCAGCAAAGCCAAGUUUGCAGACUCCUGCCUUACACCACCCCUGACAAAUGGCAGUCCAAUCUAAGUGGACUUCAGCUCCCAGAAUUCCCCAGCUAGCCAUGCGGCCAGAUUGGCCCGUUACAUUUUGCUGCUAUUCUUCUCCUUUGCAAAGUUCACAUCCGGUCUUUCUGACUUUUAAGAGUCCACUUGCCUUCAUUUCUUUCGCCUAUGAAGUUCUGCUUUGCAGCUUUAUUAAUAAUAAUCCGCUUUCUUCAAGUCCAAGCCAUAUUGAAUCACGUUUGGCCUUCAUUUUCCCAAAUGUCGGAAUUCCAGCAGAUCGCAAAGCGGUGACAUAGUUCCAUGUCCCUGACCAAAUAGUUCCAUGUCCCAUAGUCCCAUGUCCCUGACCAAGUCAUCCCCAGGAGGGGUUUAGGAAAUUUGGACAACCCACGAAAAAAAGAGACAACUUUUAUUGGAAAGGGGUUUUUUCCCCCCACCGAAAUGAAACCCGAGGGGCUUAAAUCAACCCACAAAACAACAGGAAGGCAGGCAGGAAUGCUAAAUGUUGUUAAAGUGGAAAAACAAGUUAUAUCACAGGAAAGGAGGGAUGUUGCUUGGAAAAACACACAAAUACUUUGUGUUAAAUACAACAGAAACCUUGCAGGGCAGGAAAGGACUAAGGCAAGAGGUGUAAAAGUCUUGGCAACUUUUAAAAGGGCUUCUAUUUUCGGAAUUCUGCAGCCAGAAAUAAUAAUAGUAAUAACAGAGUUGGAAGGGACCUUGGAGGCCUUCUAGUCCAACCCCCUGCCCAGGGAGGAAACCCUACACCAUUUCAGACAAAUGGUUAUCCAAUAUUUUCUUUAAAAUUUCCAGUGUUGGAGCAUUCACAACUUCUGCAGGCAAGUUGUUCCACUUAUUAAUUGUUCUAACUGUCAGGAAAUUUCUCCGAGUCCUGGGAGUUGAAGUCCACAAGUCUUAAAAGUUGCCAAGGUUGGAUACCUCUAGGCCAGGGGUGUCCAAACUUGGUCCCUUUAAGACUUGUGGACUUCAACUCCCAGAGUUCCUCAGCCAGCUUUGCUGGCUGAGGGAC